AAUCACACUCUAGACACUUUUGAAAUAUUGCGUCACUAUGUCUGGCUUUUUGACUGAUGCUGACCUAGAAUAUAUUAUGAAUUUACCCGAUAAUGAGUUCAAUGCAUACAUUGAUGUCCCUGAUGGGGAUAUAUCAGAUGUUGGGGACGAAGAUAAAGAUGAAACUAUCGAAAUUGAUGAAAGUUCUCAAGCUAUUUCCGAAGCAGCUGUCAUGAAUUUCAUUCAGAUGGUGGAAAAGGAGGAUGGAGCUGAAAUUUCGGCAAUUAGAGAGGAGCAAGAGACAGAAUAUGAAUUUCCGAAGGCUGAUGCAGUCAGGAGUGGUAAAGUUAUUGAUUCUCAGCCAAAAUCAGAUGCAAUCGACAACAAUACAAAUGAAGGAGCACCAUUUACACGUGAGCAGGAGCAGCAGCAGCAAGUAAAACAUAGAUGUAAGCGUAGUGAUUAUAAAUUUAGAAAAAGUGGUUUUGUGGUACAAGACACAGAAUGGAAAGGAUCACUUCCACCACCACCAGUAGAGGAAAUGACACCUUCGCAAUAUUUUAAAAUAUUUAUGAAUGAUGACGUAUUUGAACUCAUUGCUGAGCAAUCCAAUAUCUAUGCUUGGCAGAAAGAUUCAGUUUCUUUGCAGACGAGCAAAAAUGAAAUGGAGCAGUUUGUUGGUAUUUUACUGCACAUGGGCAUAAUCAAAAUGCCUUCCAUUCAUUUAUACUGGUCGAAUGAGUGUAGGUAUUCACCAAUAGCUGAUGUGAUGAGCAGAACUCGCUUCUUCCAGCUACUGCGGUAUUUUCAUGUUGUCAAUAAUCAAGACUUGCCUGAAGCUAAUAGUAAUCGUGACAAACUCUUCAAGAUUCGCCCACUUUUAUCUGCAUUGCAGUCAUCAUUGAAGAUACUCCCUCCAGAAGAAUACCAAGCUGUUGAUGAACAGAUAAUACCAUUCAAGGGUAGAAGCGGUUUGAAACAAUACGUAAGAAAUAAGCCUCACAAGUGGGGCUACAAAUCUUUCACGAGAGCUGGUGCUUCAGGCAUGAUGUAUGAUUUUGAAAUUUAUGUUGGCAAAAACACCUGCAGUGAUAGAGGAUUAGGUUUGUCUGGGGAUAUUGUUUUGGCAUUGACGGAAACAUUGCCAGAGAAACAGCAUUUCAAAGUGUUUGCUGAUAGUUGGUUUUCUUCUAUACCAUUAGCAAUUGCCCUGAAAGAAAGGGGGAUUGAAUUCUGUGGCACUAUCAGGACAGACAGGAUGGGAAAAUGUCCCUUGAAAACUGAAGCGGAGCUCAAGAAAACUGGUCGUGGCUCCUGUGACUGGAGAGUGGAGACAACAAACAAUGUAGCUUUAGUACGCUGGCAGGAGCUGGCGAGGUCCGCCGGCGCGCAGUGGAACAACCACCGCAACAUCUCGGAGCUGCUGGACAACCUGCUCAGCGGGUACGACAACAGCGUUCGGCCAGACUUCGGCGGUGAGUGCCUCACCUGA